AGCCGACAGUCACCCCACAGUCAUGACGUCCCUGGUGAUUGUUGCCGCCCUGGCCACCUCCUGCUUUGUGGCCACAAGCGCUGAGCCUUCCCCAGUUGCUAAGCCUUCCCCAGUUGCUGAGCCUGGCUACUUAGGGGGAUUCGGUCGUGGUUUCGGAGGCUUUGGGGGAGGAUACGGCGGCUUCGGUGGAGGUUAUGGAGGCUACGGAGGCUUCUAUCGUGGAAAGAGGAGCGCUGAGCCUGUUGCUGAGCCUGAAGCUGAGCCCGGUUACCUAGGAGGCUUCAGAGGCUUUGGAGGAGGAUAUGGAGGCUAUGGUGGAGGUUAUGGAGGCUAUGGUGGAGGUUAUGGAGGAUACGGAGGCUUCUAUCGUGGAAAGAGGAGCGCUGAGCCUGUUGCUGAGCCUGAAGCUGAGCCUGGUUACCGAGGCGGCUUCAGAGGCUUUGGAGGCUUCGGUGGAGGAUAUGGAGGCUAUGGUGGAGGUUAUGGAGGAUACGGAGGCUUCUAUCGUGGAAAAAGGAGCGCUGAGCCUGUUGCUGAGCCUGAAGCUGAGCCUGGUUACCUAGGCGGCUUCAGAGGCUUUGGAGGCUUCGGGGGAGGAUAUGGAGGCUAUGGUGGAGGUUAUGGAGGAUACGGAGGCUUCUAUCGUGGAAAGAGGAGCGCUGAGCCUGGUUACCUAGGCGGAAUUGGAGGCUUUGGCAGAGGUUUUGGAGGGGGCUAUGGAGGCUACGGAGGCUAUGGGGGCUAUGGAUACUAUGGCUGAACAUCAGCAACUGUCUGCUGACUUAUUAUGAUUGAGAUUUAAAAUGUAAAAUAUAUAAAUUAAAAGACGACAAAUU